CGUGUGUGUCCGUAUCCCUGCAGCAUCACGCUGCUCUUCUGCAGCACUAACACUCACAGCACAACCUCGAGAGAGCGAUUCACAGAGACACUCGUUACUUUACUAUCCUCCACUCGCCUCGCAGGCUUUAACGACGAUGCUUUGAUUCGCAGCAGAUUCAUUUGGAUCAUUCUUCCUGAUUGUUUCGCCUAUCUAUAAACGCCAUUCAUCUACAGAGGACCGCGCGAAUUAUUCACAGAUCAGAAGAGAAACGCACUGUUGUGUCUGAAGGCGGCUUUAGUGCAGCAUCGCAGGAUGGCUGAUGUCAGCGCAGAAUGCAACAUCAGGGUUUUGUGUCGCUUCAGACCCCUGAACCACACCGAAACCCUCCGAGGGGACAAAUAUAUCCCCACAUUUCAAGGAGAUGACACUGUCAUCAUCGGGGGGAAGCUGUAUGUUUUUGACAAAGUCUUUCCCACGAAUUGCACACAGGAGCAGGUGUACAACACCUGUGCCAAACAGAUUGUCAAAGAUGUUCUGGACGGUUAUAACGGCACCAUCUUUGCGUACGGACAGACGUCAUCUGGUAAAACCUACACUAUGGAGGGGAAACUGCACGAUCCUGACGGAAGGGGAAUCAUCCCGAGGAUCGCUGAAGACAUUUUUAACCACAUUUACACCAUGGACGAAAACCUCGAGUUCCACAUUAAGGUUUCCUAUUUUGAAAUCUACAUGGAUAAAAUCCGUGACCUACUUGACGUGAGUAAGACAAACCUGUCCGUGCAUGAAGACAAGAACCGAGUUCCCUAUGUGAAGGGUUGUACUGAACGUUUUGUCUCCAGUCCUGAAGAAGUGAUGGAUGUUAUUGAUGAAGGCAAAGCCAACCGCCACGUUGCUGUUACAAAUAUGAAUGAACACAGCUCCAGAAGCCACAGCAUAUUCCUCAUCAACAUCAAGCAGGAGCACGUGGAGACCGAGCAGAAACUCUGUGGAAAACUUUACCUGGUGGAUCUGGCCGGGAGCGAGAAGGUGAGUAAGACAGGUGCAGAAGGAGCCGUCCUGGAUGAAGCCAAGAACAUCAACAAGUCUCUGUCUGCGCUGGGGAACGUCAUAUCAGCUCUGGCUGAAGGAACCAAGACUCACGUGCCGUACCGAGACAGUAAGAUGACGCGGAUCCUGCAGGAGGCAGAGCAGUGGAAGAGGAAAUAUGAGAAAGAGAAGGAGAAGAACAAGAACCUGAAAGAGAACAUCCAGAGACUGGAGGCGGAGCUUAACCACUGGCAUAACGGUGAGUUUGUCACGCCGCUGGAUCUCAUGGCUGUGAUUCCUGUCGAAUCUGAUGUCAGUGAAGACGCAGCUUUAGACAAUCAGAGCAAUGGCGCGUGUGAGCGAAUCCCAGAGGAACACAAGCUCAAAUAUGAGGAAGACAUACGCAAACUCUACAAACAGCUCGACGACAAGGACGAUGAGAUUAAUCUACAGUGUCAGCUGGUGGAAAAACUGAAGGAGCAAAUGCUGGAUCAAGAAGAGCUGCUAGCGUCGUCGCGUGGAGACGGUGAGCGUGUGCAGUGCGAGUUGAGUCGUCUUCAAGCGGACAGCGACAGCGCAAAGACCGAGGUGAAGGAGGUUCUGCAGGCGCUGGAGGAACUCGCUCUGACCUACGACCAGAAGAGUCAGGAGGCCGAAGACACGAGGAUCCACAACAGACGCCUCAUCGCGGAGCUGUCGCACAAAACCUCGGAUCUGAUGUGUUUGGAGGCGGAGUUUUCCCGGCUACAGGAAGUGAGUGGCCACCAGAGGAAGCGCAUCACUGAGGUGUUAAACACUCUGAUGAAGGAUAUCAAUGACUUCAGCUUCAUACUGGGAAACGGAGACCUCAGACUGCCGUGUGACCUGUCAGGUGUGCAGGAGGAGGAAUACGCCGUGGUGUGUGUGUAUGUGAGCAAAGUCAAGUCUGAGCUGAAGUCGGUGGUGAAACGCUGCGGACAGCUGGAGGCUUUACAGACUGACUGUCACCGAAAGAUGGAGGAGACCGGCAGAGAGCUGUCGUCCUGUCAGCUGCUCAUAUCACAGAAAAAUGAAAGUGCUCAGGAUAACCCGCUGGACACGGACGAGUCUGGAAACGGAAAGAAAGCAGACGCUCAGCGUGAGCCGCAGCACAAGCAGCUCGGCCGUCUGCGCGACGACAUCAACCACAAACAGAAGAUCAUCGACGAGCUCAAAGAUGAUAACCAGAGGCUGAGUCUGCAGCGGGAGCAGAUGAGCGCGGAGUUCAGCGUCCUGAAGAAGCGAGAGCAAGAGAAAAGCCGACAGCUGGAGGAGCUCAGAUUUCUGCAUGAACGUCAGGAGCAGACCAGGCAGGACAUGAAGGGUCUGGAGGAGACCGUCGCCCGAGAACUCCAGACGCUCCAUAACCUGAGGAAGCUGUUUGUUCAAGACCUGACGGCUCGAGUCAAACAGAGCUCUGAGCUGGAUGACAGCGGAGGCUGUUCCACACAGAAACAGAAGAUCUCCUUUCUCGAGAACAACCUGGAACAGCUCACAAAAGUUCACAAACAGCUGGUUCGUGAUAAUGCAGAUCUGCGCUGCGAGCUUCCGAAGCUGGAGAAGCGUCUUCGCUCCACGGCGGAUCGGGUUCGAGCGCUGGAGGAUGCGCUGACAGAAGCCAAAGAAGGAGCUAUGAAGGACCGCCGGCGCUACCAGCAGGAGGUCGAGCGAAUCAAAGACGCCAUGAGAGCCAGAAACGGCUUCAGACGGCCUCACGCUGCGCUCAUCGGUCAUUAGUCUCUACUGGACGAUUAAACCAAUGAAUCUCAAACAUCAUCUCUCUGUUAUUACUCUGCAUGAGAUGAAUCAGCUUUCAUUUGUGUAGUAUUUUAUUAACUAUGUUUUCCAAAAAUAGCCAUUAUCACAUUACAAUAUGUG